GGUAAGUAUGUUAGACACGACUUGGUAUAACGAGAUGCACUGACAGAGCCUGAGUUGCAAGCUACAAAACCAACAUUUUGCUCUUGGCAGCUUCUACGCCAAUGAGGUGUAGACUCGUCCAGCUAUAAUGACAGCGCUCGCCUCGUGCCACACCUGCAGCACGACGCCAACGCGAAGAGGCCUGUGUGGCCGGCCCACGUCGCUUGAGAGCGCAGCGUCGCGGUGUGCUACCCACUACUCGGCAUCAACUUCAGAAUGCGUAGCGAAAAGCACUGCGGCCUCCAGGCGACAACCUACGUGGACUCCGCGGCGGGGCGUGGCGACAAAGGCCCUUUUUGAUCCGCCUCCGUUCAAGCCGGAGAAGCUCGCGGUCCUGCUUGCAGCGGGGACCAGCUCAUUGGAGCCCGCACCACCCCGCAGCAGAAAGUAUACGCUUACACACAACGAUAUCACCGGCAAUCUACGCCUUACGAUAGGUGCAGAUUACAACCAGCAGCAGAUCUCGGGGUUCUACACUCGGUUGCUUCGUGACGAGGUCAUCGCCGAGUGGGUCGCGGUGGGGGCGUCUGGCUAUGCGUUGCACGUCUACUGUCACGUGAGCGGCGAGGAGCGUUGGCUUGCCCCACCGCUACUCCGGAAUUACAUUUUCCGGCGGGAAAUGCCGCUGGUGCUGGACACGAUCGUGUACGCGGACCGGCAACUGUUGCAGCGGCAGCCGGAGCUGGCGCGGGCGCAAGUGUACAUUCAUUUCCAGUCCAGCGUGCGGGAGCUUGACACGGUGGAGUACUGGGGGCUGCUGGGCGAGCGCUCCACGUGGCCCAAGGGCCCCACCUCCAUCUUGCUGCGCACCAUUUACGCCAUCAUCGGCUGGCCGCCCUACCUGGAGGCGCUCCCCGCCGACCUGUCCAUCGACCUGCCCGACGAGGUCCGAGACCUGGAGGAGGCGGUGCGCUGGCAGCAGCAGCAGCGCCAGCAGGGGCCCAGGCAGGAGGGCCUCAGACAGGAAGGGCGGCAGGAGGCGCGGCAGGAGGGACGGCAGGAAGGGCGGCAGGAGGCGCGGCAGGAGGGACGGCAGGAAGGACGGCAGGAGGCGUGGCAGGAGGGGUGGCAGGACGGGUGGCAGGAGGGGCGGCAGGAGGUGGAGCAGCUGCUGCGGCAGGAGCGGCGCAAAGCGGAGCGGGGGCGGGAGGCGAGGGAGCGGGACCGCGAGGCGGAGCGGGCGAGGGAGCGGGAGCCUUCGGCCGCAGUGGCGGGUACGCAGGCGCUCGCGCGAGCCGAGGCCGCUGUACCAGUCGUGGAGCCUGAGGAGGACCAGCAGCAACCGCAGCAGGGGGUUCCUGGAGCAGCGCCGGAUGCGAGGCAAGAGUGGCAACGGCAGGCAGCGUCACAUGGAGCGGCGCCUGUGCAAGCUGCCGCUCCAGCCCCGCCGACGGGGUCAUACCCGCACAACGGAGCUCCUGCAUCGGAGUCGACGCCGUGUUCGGCAGGGACAUCGGCGGGUGAGGAGGCAGGGCGUUGGCCGGGGCGCAGCUCUACCAACGGCGCCGGCGUGUUGCGCAGGAGCGGCACAAGUAGCAGCAGUAGCAGUAGCGGCAACGGCUUAUUGCCAGCGGCUUCGCAGGCCCCGGUGAACGGCUAUUCGUUGAACGGAAGCGCUGCCGGCCGAAGCAGCCUCGAGGCUGGCGGGCUGAAUGGUGUGGCGCCAGGUGCCGGUGCGGAGGCGCGAGCCUACGAGCGGAGAGCGGCACCCACAGUCGCGACCGCCGUCGCGCCGUGUGCUGCCAGCGACGGCCAGCCGUGCAGCGGCGGGCCGGGCUGCAGCUGUGACGCGGCUGAUCAGGCGCCGGAGGUGCCCGGCCGCGCCACACCCGCAGCUGUCGCGUCAGCAGGCUCGCCGGUGGGGCUGCCUGCGGCUCUCUCGGUGGAGUUCAGCGCGGCGGCGGAGCUGCUUGUGGGCACGGGGUCCCGGGCGGUAGCGCGCUCCUCGGCCUCCUAGCGUGCAACGAAGUGGUGGCUGCGAGAUUGGUUGCAGGAGCCGCCGCCGCCGCCGCCGCGACGGGCGUGGAAACAAGCGGCAACGGCGGCUGGAAGAUACUGCGCAGGCAUAGGGUGGCUGCAACCCGGCCCGCCUCGCAAGACGUCCAGCGCUGGGCUUGCUGGGCAAAGAGCGAGUGGAGUGAAGAGACGGCUGCAGCCGCUGUGUAACCUGCGCGGCUGCAGUUCUUGCGUGCAGUAUAUGGUGUUUGUUUCGUGUUUAUUUGAUGUUCAUGUUUUGUUGUCGCACGUCAGCGCUGCAUUGAUAUGGUUUUGCCUUCAGGGCAAUGCAUAGAAACUCGGACACCAGGCUAGUUCGGCUUCUUUUAGAGGGGUAGGUUCCAGAGCCUUGACAGCGAAUGAUACGAGAGAGUGUCUACAAGGGUGGCGUGGAGUGGCAGCAGUGUGUGCGCACACAAAACAUGGCUCUUCACGGGGCCUACAUACUGAGAAGGGAGCAGUGCAAUUGGACGGUGCAGGUUUGGCACUCGCGCGCAGUAGCGCGCCAUGUAUGUUUGUUGUUUGUCAUCGGCAAGUCACCGUCACCGUGUCGCCAUGUCCUUGUGCGGGGCACGGCGAGGCAGCGGCAAUCGGUUACCCUGACAUGGGCCUACCGGCCCUGGCUCGCCUGUAUGCCCCCUGUAACAUCACCUGUUG